AUGGACAAAGGGUUGGGCGCGGACCCAAUAACACCUCCGUCGCCGCCAACGGCCAAAGGCGUCAUCAAGCGUAGAGCCUGUGAUGAAUGCCGAACACGUAAACUAGCAUGCUCCAAAGAGCCAGACGGCUGCCUAAGAUGUCGUCGCGAGGGCCUCGCAUGCGUGUACUCUGCGCAGAAACCCAUGGGCCGGCCCAAGAAACGGCGCCAGAGCGAGCUUGACUUCUCCGAGGGAGUGGACAGAGCCGACUUUUGGCCGGAGAACCACGAUGCACCACUCCCAGCCGCGACAUCUCAGCUCGCGACCCUCCACACAACCACAACCAUGUCUUCUCCAGUGACCCGGCCCAAAGCUGAAAAGGAGAGCGUCCACAGAAUAUUCCAAGUCAUUGCCAGAUUUCUCUUCACUCAACAAAUAUCUUGCGACGGCAUUCCAGACCCGGAACUAGCGGCCGCAGCCGGCCCCGAUAUUUCAGACGCUCAGAAACUGUCGGCACGCCUAGCCUCCCACCCCAACGUAACUUGCCCCUGCCUCUCCAGCGUCUACCUAGCCCUCGACUCCUUGAAUAACAUCGCCGCCGACAUCCCCGCCGCCAUAUGUACCGCUCGUGCGACUGCGAAAAUCGCACACGAAAACACCAUGCUUCUCAGCACACUCUUAGCCUCCCUCAGCAACGCCUACUCGCGCCUACUCGAUACCAUCGACAUAGCCGCCGCCGAGGCUCGAGACGCCGGCACCAUGCUCCGCUUUUCGUUUCGUCCACUCGGGAGCGUGUGGAGCGACCUGGGUAGCGACAGCAGCGCCAGUGGUGGUGGUGGUGGUGGCGGCGAGUGCCUCUUGUCCUUGGUCAUCAACGAGUCUGACCUCAAUCCAGAUGUGUGGCGGCUCGCCAUGCGCGCGGUUCUCCGCUACGAAAUUUACGGCUUCAACCUCGAUCCGCCGCCGCCCUCCUUAUGCGCUACAGACGAACUCACGGUACCGGAACACCUCGGCCUCGCCCAGGCUGCGUUGAUCAUCUUGAUGCUGUACGAUGAUGUUGGAUAG